GUGUGUGUGUGUGUGUGUGUGUGUGUGUGUGUGUGUGUGGAGAAGCAGCAGGGAGUCCAGAACGGCUUUGGAGUUUUUUUAUCAGCAGCAGCUCGAGGCUCAGCCGCUCUGCGCUCAUUCAAGCCUGUGGUGGUCUGAGGUGGAGGUGUGUAGAGGUGUGUGGUGGUCUGUGGUGCAGGUGUGUGUGGUGGUCUCGCGCUGCCAGCAUGUCUCUGAGUCCGCCGCAGGUGGGGAACAUCCCCUGGAGGAACAACAACUUCAGCCUGACGAGUAAAGACCCUCCACUGUCCGACCAGGGGGAAACCAUCAUAGGAGUCUACCUGCUGCUGCUGGGUUGGCUGUCGUGGUUUGGAAACAGCAUUGUGAUCUUUGUGCUGUUUAAGCAGAGGGGGUCUCUGCAGCCCACGGAUUACCUCACUCUAAACCUGGCCAUAUCUGACGCCAGUAUCUCUGUGUUUGGAUACUCACGCGGGAUCCUUGAGAUCUUUAAUGUGUUUCGGGACAACGGCUACCUCAUCACUUCUGUCUGGACCUGCCAGGUUGAUGGAUUCUUCACGCUGCUCUUUGGUCUGGGCAGCAUCAACACGUUAACCGCCAUCAGCAUUACUCGAUACAUCAAGGGAUGCCACCCGAACAAAGCACACUGCAUAACCAAUGCCACUAUAGCCACCUGUGUGAUGUUAAUAUGGGCUGGAGCUGUGUUCUGGUCUGGAUCACCGCUGCUGGGAUGGGGAAGUUACACAGAUCGAGGGUAUGGUACCUGUGAGAUUGACUGGGCAAAAGCAAAUUACUCCACUAUCCACAAAUCCUACAUCAUCACCAUCCUCAUCUUCUGCUUCGUCGUCCCUGUGCUGAUCAUGCUCUUCUCCUACGUGUCCAUCAUCAACACAGUGAAGAGAGGAAACGCCAUGUCCGCAGAGGGAGACCUGACAGAUAGACAGAGGAAGAUCGAGAGGGACGUUACUAUUGUCUCUAUAGUAAUCUGCACAGCUUUCAUCCUGGCCUGGUCUCCGUAUGCUGUAGUCUCCAUGUGGUCAGCCUGGGGCUUUCAUGUGCCCAACCUGACCAGCAUCUUCACCCGCCUGUUCGCCAAGUCAGCCAGCUUCUACAACCCCCUCAUCUACUUCGGCCUCAGCUCCAAGUUCCGCAAAGACGUGGGUGUGCUGCUGCCCUGCGCCAGAGAGGGCAAAGAGGGGGUCCGGCUCAAACGCUACAAACACAUCAAAGGCAAAGGUGAAGGCCCGCCCCCGGACAUCCUGCGCCACAGGCCCAGAGUCGAGGGAGCGGAGAAUCGCGCUCCGGCCAGAAUAAGCGGUGAAAAGAAGCCUCGAUCAGGUGGAGAACCUCCUAACCCUGCUCCCAGCCCUGACUCUGGGGUGGGCAGUCGGCCCCCCAGCCCCCCACCAGCCAAUCAGGAGGUGUACUUCAUUGAGGUGCCCCAAGAGUCUGAAUCUGCAGAGUAUCAGUGCGACAGAUUGUAGAACAUGUUUGUUUUUAAUUCAUUAUUGUAUUUAUAUGAACUGAAUGGAACUGAAUUACUUGAGACUUAGAGAAUUUAAAAUAUUAUUUUUCUAUGAUAUUAUUAAAUGUGUGAGAUUGUGUUUGUAACAGUUAAAAUCUGAAAAUAAAUAUUUUAAUCCAA